AUGGCUUCCAAAUUUCACCCAAAGGUAUGGCAAAAAGUUAAGAGAGAUGCGUCGAGCCAACUUCAUAUUAUAAUCGUAGGUGCCGGGCUCGGUGGACUUGGCGCAGCUAUUUCUAUACUUCUAGCAGGACAUCGCGUGACCGUACUUGAAAGCGCAUCUGAGAUUGGCGAAAUAGGUGCUGGUAUUCAGGUUUUGCCUAAUUCGUCAAGGAUAUUAAUUUCUUGGGGACUCGAAGAUGAGCUUGUUAAGCAUGCGACGAAGCCUCGGUACGCGAACAUGAUCGGUUGGAAGGGUAAUAAACUAUCAAGAAUGGAUCUCCAUGCUUAUGAGAAGGCUCUGGGCACCCCUUUCUGGGAUUUCCAUAGAGCUAACUUACACCGUUGCCUCCUCGAUCGGGCUGUCGAGCUUGGAGCUGAGAUUCGUGUGAGAUCGAGAGUCCAGACGAUCGAAUAUCCCGCGGAUGGAUUAACGGCAAGCGCUGUGCUGAGCGACGGUAGGAUUAUGUCCGCAGAUCUCAUCGUCGGCGCAGAUGGCAUAUCAUCUCGGCUGCGCGAGGUUCUCCUCGGCAAACCAGACCCCCCUUUACCAACAGGUGACCUUGCCUAUAGACUCCUCAUCAAUACCAAAGAUAUGCUGGCAGAUCCUGAGUUACGACACUUUAUUCAAAAUCCCCAGGUCAACUACUGGAUAGGCCCCGACGCACACGCGGUAAACUAUGUUCUGAGAGGCGGGGAGUUAUUCAACAUGGUAUUAUUAGUCCCGGACGAUAUGCCUGCAGCUGCCAUGACUGUGGAUGGGAACGUAGAAGAGAUGCAAGCAUUAUACAAAGACUGGGACCCCGUAAUAGGCAAGAUCUUAAGUCUGUGUCAAUCUGUUCAGAAGUGGAAGCUUUGCAUACGACCUACUUUAGAACAAUGGACACAUGAAUCCGGGACAUUUACAUUGUUAGGGGAUGCUGUCCACGCAACACUGCCAUACCUCGCUAGCGGUUGCGGUAUGGCACUGGAAGAUGGAGCGGCCUUGGGUCUCUGUCUUGCAAAGCUAACUAACAAGUCCCGCGAGCAAAAGUUAUACGCACUUAAAGUGUAUGAAGAGUGCCGAAAAGAGAGGACCGAAAGGGUAGUUGAAAGGGGCAAUUUCCAACAGUACAUGUAUCAUCUCCACGAUGGCGAAGAACAGAAGGAAAGAGACAGGAGACUCGAAAUGUUCGGGCAGAUUGAUGAAGAAUUAUUCAAAAAUCCAGAAGUUAUCACACAGCCACGAUCAGAAUCGGGGGAUGAUCCGUUACCUUGGAGGUAUUAUGGCGUAGGAGGCUGGCUUUUACCGUAUGAUAUAGAGACGGCUGUGGAGCGUAAAUGGGAUCAGACACGGACAGAGAACCAGGCGCGCCCACUACUAUGA